AUGGCGACGGCGACGGCGGCGGCGGCGGCCGAGCCCCCGCGGGAAGCGGACACGACGGCGACGGCGGCGGCGGCGGCCGAGCCCCCGCGGGAAGCGGACACGACGGCGACGGCGGCGGCCGAGCCCCCGCGGGAAGCGGACACGACGGCGACGGCGGCGGCGGCGGCCGAGCCCCCGCGGGAAGCGGACACGACGGCGACGGCGGCGGCCGAGCCCCCGCGGGAAGCGGACACGACGGCGACGGCGGCGGCGGCGGCCGAGCCCCCGCGGGAAGCGGACACGACGGCGACGGCGGCGGCGGCGGCCGAGCCCCCGCGGGAAGCGGACACGACGGCGACGGCGGCGGCGGCGGCCGAGCCCCCGCGGGAAGCGGACACGACGGCGACGGCGGCGGCGGCGGCCGAGCCCCCGCGGGAAGCGGACACGACGGCGACGGCGGCGGCGGCGGCCGAGCCCCCGCGGGAAGCGGACACGACGGCGGCGGCGGCGGCCGAGCCCCCGCGGGAAGCGGACACGACGGCGACGGCGGCGGCGGCGGCCGAGCCCCCGCGGGAAGCGGACACGACGGCGACGGCGGCGGCGGCGGCCGAGCCCCCGCGGGAAGCGGACACGACGGCGACGGCGGCGGCGGCGGCCGAGCCCCCGCGGGAAGCGGACACGACGGCGACGGCGGCGGCGGCGGCCGAGCCCCCGCGGGAAGCGGACACGACGGCGACGGCGGCGGCGGCGGCCGAGCCCCCGCGGGAAGCGGACACGACGGCGACGGCGAGCCCCCGCUCCAGCCAGCCAGGACCGUGCGGUGUGACAGAUGUGCGCGUGAAGCAGGAGCCCACAGAGCCCACAGAGGCCACAGACAACGGUCUGGAAGAGGCAGCACAGUCGGCAGACGUUACUGACUCUGUAACCAUCAAGUUGAAAAUGGAGAUGAAAGACGAGGCGGAGCCCGCUGGGGAGGGGGAGGGGGAGGGAGGGAGCGAGACAGCGCGCUGGUGCGAGAGCGAGCAUGCGCUACAGACGGAACAACUAGAUGAUAAUUUAUUAGUCAUGGGUCUCGAGCACCGGAGCGGCUCUGUGGCUGCGGCGUCCGACGCCGACGCCGACGACGACGCCGACGCCGACGCCGACCCGCGCCCACACGCCGCAGGCGCCGGUGGGGAGCACUCCUGCACUACCUGCACAAAAACGUUCACGCUAGCGAGCACGCUCCGGACACACAUGAGGACACACACCGGCGAGAGACCGUACAAGUGCACACUCUGCCACAAACGUUUCAGGCAGUGGAGCCAUCUGAAGAGGCACGAGCGUCUCCAUACCGGCAUAAGACCUUACUCCUGCGAUGUAUGCAAAAAAGAAUUCGUAGAAUUGGACAAUCUGAAGAAACACGAACGCGUGCACACGAAAGAGAAACCGUACACGUGCGCAAUAUGUCGCAAAGAGUUCGCGCAAAUGAACACGCUAAAGAACCAUGAGAGGAUCCACACGGGGGAAAAGCCAUACCACUGCCGAGCAUGUAAGAAAGAGUUCACAGAAUCGAGCAGUUUAAGGAGGCACGAACGAGUUCACACGGGUGCUAAACCGUAUUCUUGCAGACUGUGCAACAAAGAGUUUGCACAAUUAAAUACUUUAAGAAAUCACGAAAUGACUCACACGGGAGCAAGACCGUACGUCUGCGAAGUAUGUAAAAAAGAUUUCACAAAAUUUAGCAGUUUAAAGAGACACGAGAGAGUACACACGGGGGCUAAACCAUACAUGUGCGACAUAUGCAAAAAAGAGUUUUCAGAACUGAGCAGCCUAAAGAGACACGAAAGAGUACACACCGGAGAAAAAGAAUACUCCUGUAGAUUAUGCAAAAAGGAGUUCACAGAAUACGGGAGUUUAAAAAGACAUCAAAGAAUUCAUAUACGUGAAGAACAAAACAUGGAAAAGAAUGUAAUUAAAAAAGUAAGACCAUAUACGUGCGACAUAUGCAGUAAUGGGUUCACACAAUUGAGCAGUCUGAAGAGACACGAAAGAGUGCAUACUGGAGAAAAGGCUUACUCCUGCAGGCUCUGCAAAAAGGAUUUCACAGAAUUUGGCAGUCUUAAAAGGCACCAGAAAAUUCACAUACGCGAACAACAAAAUAAAACUGAAACAACAAAAUAAGUUAAAUUUAAGAGGGGUUCUCCUUCGUAGUCAUCACGUGGCCGUGAAACGACGAUAUAUUAGAUUACGAUGGACGUUCGUUAAUUGCAGGCGAUUAAGAUAAGAGAUAGACAAAAGUGUUAUUUAUUUAUAGCGAUGUAAACAAACUUUAU